CAUGUUGCUUUAACACAUGUCAAUCAUAACCGUGCUAUGUUCUUAUUGGGUGAGAGAAAAAUCAGCGUUCUAAAACAACGUCAUCACGCACGGACCGAUCUGUCCUUGAGGUCACAACACAGGCAAGAUGGUCGCAUACUGGAGACAGGCAGGCUUAAGCUACAUCCGCUUCUCCGCUAUCUGCGCUAACGUGGUGCGGGCUGCGCUGAAGCCGCAGUUCAAAACCGAAGCACUAAGGGCCGCAGAAGCCAACGUCAAAGUCGUAAAGCCCAAAGCGGCAUAGCGAUGCGAGACCAUAAUGUAGAUAGUUUUUCCUGGAGUUGUGAGGUCCAGUCACCGUCCUGUUCUACACAAUGUCAAGAAAAGAGCUGGGGUUGGAGAUGACUGAUGACAUCUGUCGCAGACUGGGGACCUGUGGAAAUUUAAUUGUUCCUUUCAUUUGUAACUAAAAUUGUAUUAAAGAUGAAUGCCGUAAAUAA